AUGCUUCAGCACCUACCUCCAGCGGAAGCGGUUGCUCAGCUGCAAGAUGUGAUGCGCGACUUGGCGAUUCUGAAUGAUUCGCUUCGAAGCCUCUUGAGCGACAGCGCGCCUGGGCACGAGGCCCAGCAUGACCAGCUUGUUCAUUUCCGUGGCCGCGUCGCGCGCCGCAUCAGCCGCUACGCGCUACUCGUCCGGAAGUCGCAGAUUCUCGUCGACCGUCUGCUCCACCUGCAGGAGCAACAGAUGCAUGGGAGCAACGCCGCCGCGCAGGGCGCAGAGAGACAGGGCGCGGCGCCUCUCGCCCCGCUGGCCCCGGCCGCUCUCCCGUCGCUUCCUUCUCUCUCUUGCUUCUUGUCUCUGUCGCUCUCGGCUCCGGGUACAGACGCCUCCAAAGCGGCGGCUGCGGCGCGUCUCCAGCGCGAACAGCUGCUCCAGCUCCAGCAGUACCACCAACAAAACUUGCAAACGUUCAAAUCACAGCUGUCUGCUUGGUGGCAACGCACGGAGCGGCAUUUCCACACCAUGCGUAUGGCGAACUACGUGAAUGCGUUGGAGGCGACAGAAAAUCAGGCGCCCUCGGGUCACGCGCCGCAUGCGCAUGCAGUUGGGAAGCUGGCGGAAGAGGCGCAUGCAACGCGGCCAACUGGAGAAGCUGCGAGCGCGCAGGCUGGCGGCCCCCAGGGCGCCUCGAGUUUCGCGGGCGGAGCUCUCGGCUUCACAGAGGACAGUGUGCCCCGCGAGGAAGGUCGGAGAGCGGAGGCGCGCAACGCAAAGGACGAAGCGGCUACGCUGCUCAAUAGCAGCGAUGUGCGCCCAGACGUGCAGAGGAAGGCGAGUGGCGAGGACGGCGAGAGCGGCGAGAAGCGCCAAAGCCAGCUGAGGGACACGCGCGCAGUCAUGGCGGAAGAGCUGCAGCGCAUGCAAGAGACGCAACGCCAACUGCAGAAAUCCUCGGCGGCCAUUGAACAGACAGAAUCCACAUACAACGUCUUCGGAGAUCGGCUGGCCUCGGCGAAGGGCAUUCUCGCGGCUCUCAAGAAGAGGGCUGAAACUGAUUCACAGCUUAUUUGGUUCGCGUUCCUCUUCUUCCUCGGCUGCUGCGCCUUCGUCGUGUUGAGGCGCCUUGGCAUCAUCCGCCUCAUCAUCUCCACGGCCUGUAUGGCGUGCAGCAUCUUCUCAGGUUUUUUCGCAACUCUUUUGUCGAAUCUAGAAGUUACCGACCUGCGGCCUCAGGAUAUCCUCCCGUCUUCUCUUUCGUCCGAUUCAAACUUUGCGCCUGUGCUGCCAGCCUCGCUCCCGUACGAGCCGCCCGCGGCUCCACCUCUGCAUCUCAGCGAAUCCGACGGUGUCUCCAGUCCCGAGCACACCUCGCAGCCUGUGGUGGAUCUCUCUCUGCCCUCGCUGACGCAUGCGGUUGAGGAACCUGGGGCGUCUGCCGGCCCUCCGGUCUCCACCAGAACGCGGGAGGUGUCCUCGUGUACGCCGCAAGGACAGGGUUACUCAAGAUCGCCUUCGAAUUCGGAAUCGUGUCACGCGCCAGAGCCUCCGUCUGCGCAGUUCUCUUUCAGUCCGAUGGGAAAGAACCGAAACAGACUAGCUUCGUCUCCCGCCUCCGCGUCGACGUCGGGUUCCUCGCCUGCGGCUUCGCAACUCUCAGACUCUCCGCGUUCUACAGACUCCAUUGCUCCUGUCUCUCCGCCUUCGUCUUCACGUGUCUCUUCUUCUGCUUCUUCCUCUUCUCCGUCGUCGCCUUCUACUUCUUUGCUUCGCCCUCCUCUCUCGCCUACAGGGCUCGGCGAGGACAGAGCAGCGGUGGACGGAGACGGCAGCGAGCGGCGCGUCUUCGCGGCUGGCAGCCGCUCAGAGUCGGAAGCCUCAAACGGCCGGGAAGGGAGGGCCGAGAGCGAAGACGUGGAAGCGAGGGAUGACGACGAAGCUUCGGAAGAAGGGGAAGACAGAGAAGGCGUCGAAGACAUGGAAGACAUGGACGAGAAGGCAGACCGGGAAGGGGAACACGCGGAGGCACAUAAGGAUCGAGAUGCGAACGACCGGAAUGAAGAGGAAGACCCUAAACAGUGA